AACGGAAUUACCGUAAAAUGAUGGAAAGCUACAUGGAGGAGGACAUGGAGCUGGUAGGGAUGGGGCUCCGUGUCUCGGUGUCCCCCGUCCAAAUAGCGUUUUAUAUUCUGCUGGUGAUGCUGGGAAUCCUGGGUAACGCCACUGUGAUCGGAGUGAUCGGUAAAAGCGUGUACGUGGAACGCGGCCGAGGCCGUAACUCGGACAUCAUCAUCAUCAACAUGGCUUUGUCUAAUCUGCUGGUGUCGGUGAUGAGGAACACGCUACUCGUGAUCUCAGACAUGGGCCUGGAGUUGUAUUCGUCCAAAGAGUGGUGUCAGUUCCUCAUGGGCGUGUGGGUGUGGCUGCGCUCGGUCAACGUGUGGUCAACGCUCUUCCUCAGUGCUUUUCACCUUCAGACAUUAAGGCGAGUGGCGCCGACUAUCGCCGCACUUCGAGGGCCCCGAGGUGCCCCGAGUGUCCUUCUGCUGAACCUGGCUUUCAUCUGGCUGCUCAACUUUGUUUACUCCAUUCCGGCGUACAUCUUCUCCACCAAUGGGAACGUCAACAGCACAGAGACCUUAAUGCUGGUGAGCAGCACGACACGCCCCCUGCUGGGCUGCGUGUGGAACUUCCCGUCUUCCUUCAGCGGCCUGUCCUACGCCACCACCUCCAUGGUGAUCCACGAGACCAUCCCCAUCAUCCUGAUGGCCCUCACCAACCUGGGCUCCCUGUACACACUCUACACACACGGCAGGGUUCGCACGUCGACGCAGGACGCCCCCGUCAUCAAGAGAGUGCCGGCUGAGAGACGAGCGGCCAAGGUGAUCCUGGCCCUCAUCAUGCUCUUCAUCGUGUCAUGGGGCACCAGCAUCAUCUCCGUCAACUACUUCAACUACAACCGCGGCUCCUCGGCAGAGUUCCUCCUGGUCAUCGCUCGCUUUGCCAACAUCAUCUUCAUCGCCAUGUCACCCAUGGUGCUGGCGGUGGGCCACCGCCGCCUGCGAUCCUUCAUUAGGUCCGUGCUCUCUCACUGAUGGAGAACCGCAGCCUGCGGUGACUUCGUGUCCGCACGGCGCCGUUGAAGAACUUUGGACCAGCCCAUGACCAUGCCCACGAUCCUCUUCCUCAGUUUGCCGUGCCCCAGGGCCACCACCAUGGGACAGAAGCCCACAAACAGCGAGGCGGAGAAGUGGGCCACGGUCAGCAGGC